AUGCACCCCUCGACCUCUUGUCCCGACCCCGGUAGAAGAAUCGGAACGGAGGACCCAAAGGACGUAAUCGACUUGGAACACAUCGAAGAAGAAGAAAAAGCAAUUGGCUGUAUAGAAGAUGCCAGAGCAGUUGCAGGAGAUGCACAUUUCCACCGUCUAGGCUGGAAGCGAUUGACGGUUGUCCUCAUCGUUCAAUCAAUUGCCCUCGGGACUCUCAGCAUCCCAUCAGCAUUUGCCUCCCUUGGAAUGGUUGCCGGGGUGGUAAUCACCGUGGCACUCGGGCUGCUUGCUAUAUACGCUAGUUAUAUAGUCGGCUUGCUCAAAUUAAAGUACCCACACAUCCCUCACUAUGCGGAUUUCGGUCGCCUCCUACUGGGCUCGCCCGGCGACUGGCUUUUCAGCAGUAUCUUCGUCGCGCAGUUAACCCUGGUUGUUGGCUCGCACUGCGUCACAGGGAAACUCGCUCUCGCUGCGAUUUCAGAUAGCGCUGUGUGCUCUCUUAUCCUCGGCGCCAUCUCGGCUGUGAUUCUGUUUAUGCUUGCGAUCCCUCCAUCUUUCGCCGAGUUGGCCGUCUUGGGAUACAUCGACUUCGCCUCUAUCGCGAUCGCAGUCGGAAUCGCCAUAAUCGCCACCGGGUUACAGCGAGACGAAAUCGUCGCCCUCCCAUGGUCCGCAUGGCCGAAGGACAAUCUCACCCUCGGCGAGGCGUUCGUCGCGAUCUCGACCAUCGUAUUUGCAUAUGCUUUUGCAGCCGCGCAGCCCUCGUUCAUGGAUGAAAUGCACAGUCCCCAGGAUUUCGGCAGUUCCAUUUUUGUUCUUGGCACAGUACAGAUCACGGUCUAUACAGUCACAGGCGCCUUGAUAUAUGCCUUUGUCGGCCAGACAGUCCAGUCCCCAGCCCUCCUUUCAAUCGGUCCCCUGUUAUCCAAAGUGUCAUUUGGCAUUGCCCUGCCAGUAAUCUUCAUAUCAGGAUCAAUUAACACAACCGUUGCCUGUCGAUUCAUGCACGGCAGGGUGUUCCAGCACUCAAUCACGCGCUACGUUAAUACUGCAGCGGGCUGGGCUACGUGGCUAGGUCUCGUUGCUGCUCUCACCGUGCUCUCCUGGGUCAUUUCGGAAGCGAUCCCGUUCUUCUCGGAGCUGCUCUCCCUCUCUGGUUGCUUAUUUGUCUCCGGGUUCUCGUUCUAUUUACCCCCCUUGUUAUGGUUCUUUCUCCUUAAAGAAGGAAGCUGCUUCGAGAAACAGAACUUUCAGUCCGCGGUUUUGAAUCUGCUUGUCUUUGCUGUUGGGGUUUGCGUGCUUGGGUUUGGAACUUAUGCCAGCGUUAAGCAGAUCAUGGUCCAAUUCGAAGCAGGAUCUGUGGGUAGGCCAUUUUCUUGUUCGAGUGGGUAG